CAAACCUCUCUUCAAGGCCCUGUUUUCAGUUCCCAGAAGCAGGGUAGCUGGAUCACAUGGUAAUUCUGUUUUUAAUUUUUUGGGGAGCCUCCACUGUUUUCCGCAGCAGCUGCACCAUUUCAUGGUCCCACCAGCAGAGCACAAGGGUGCCAAUUUCUUCACAUCCUUGUCUACACCUUCUUAUUUUUUUUUAUGGCAGCCAUCCUAAUGGCAGUGAGGUUGUGUAUCAUGGAGUUGCUUUUCCCUAAUGAGAAAUGAUACUGACCAUUGUUUAUUUUUUUAGGUAAAUUUUAGAAUAUAAUAACCAUACACUUGUGUAUUCUCAGUCUGUAUAAUAUGGAGUCUUAGUCAUAGGUCCUGCGAUUAGUGUAAAGGGCAGAGUGCAGCAGCGACAGUGUGCGUCUGCACACCCCCAGUGGUGUCACUGGCUCAGAAGGUAAAUAUCCCCCUGUCACAGCUGAAGCGAGUUUAUUUUUCUGGUGUCCUCUGCACCUCUUCCUCUUGGGAAACACACAGCUACAGAUUAUGUGGGGACGCUGCAGGGUCAGAUGACUCUCCUGAGACUUGGGGAGGGCAGCUGCUUUAAACUAUCCUUUUUGACUUGAUGAAGUUGAAAAUGUUGCAGAUGUUGAGUGAGACGUUAAACUAAGCAGAUGAUGAAUUUGUGGACACAAGAACAGUUACUCCCUAGCAACAUACCUAAAUCAGGAGGGAGCACAUUUUGAGGAUUUGUGCCCACAUGGCAUCCAUUCUCAAUUUGAUGCCCUGCAGAGCUGUGAUAUUUGAGAACACCUGCUCGCCCUUGCUCACUGAGCGCCCAGUAGCAUCUUUCCAUGUGCUUUCUGACCGUUUGUGUAUCGUCUUUGGAGAAAUGUCUCCCCCAGCCCUUGGCCUGUUGUCCAGUCAUGCUGCCCGGCCGCUGCCUUGCGGGAGCCCCGUGUCUGCCCUGGAGGCGCGGCUGCCGCAUUCCCUGCUAGCACCACUCACAGAGCUUCAGCUCUUCCUCCCCCUCACCAAGCGCUGCCCUCACGCCGAAUGCCCGAGAGCUCGUGGAACAGCCGCAGCCCAGAGGGGAGGCCCUGCCCUCAGCCUCCGGAACAGAACAGGCUCACUGACGAAGAGGAACCUCUCCAGGUGCCAGGACAGAGGGUGCAGACACAGGGCACAGAGGCAUGGAGCCAGGCGUAUGUGAGCAGCCAAGAGCACUGGGAGCGUGGGCCCAAGGGCCUGGCGAUGGUGCACGCAGGGCUGGGGUCUGCUAGGUCCCCGCAACGAACUGUUUGAUGCAGCCAAAUACCGCGUGCUAGCCGAUCGCUUCGGCUCUCCGGCUGACAGCUGGUGGCGCCCAGAACCCACCAUGCCACCCACUUCCUGGCGGCAGCUGAAUCCUGAGAGCAUUCGGCCAGGGGCCCCCAGGGGCCUGUCCCGUUCCGUGGGCCGGGACGAGGAGGAGGAUGAAGAGGAGGAGCUGGAAGAGGGGACCAUGGAUGUCAGCGACUUCCUGUCCCUGACCCAGCAGGACCCCCACACCCCACUUAGAGACUCAAGGGGGGGUUCCAUUGAAAUGACCGACGACGACAGUGCUCUCAGGGCUCUGACCCAGUUUCCACUUCCCAAGAACCUUCUGGCUAAGGUGAUCCAGAUAGCGACGUCAUCCUCCACAGCGAAGAACCUCAUGCAGUUCCACACGGUGGGCACCAAGACCAAGCUGUCCACCCUCACACUGCUCUGGCCCUGCCCCAUGACCUUUGUUGCCAAAGGGCGCCGCAAGGCAGAGGCUGAGAAUAAGGCAGCGGCCUUGGCCUGCAAGAAGCUGAAGAGCCUGGGCCUGGUGGACCGGAACAAUGAGCCGCUUACCCAUGCCAUGUAUAACCUGGCCUCCCUGCGCGAGCUCGGUGAGACUCAGCGACGGCCAUGCACCAUUCAGGUGCCGGAGCCUGUCCUCCAAAAGAUAGAGACCUUCCUGACCCACUACCCUGUGGACAGUUCGUGGAUCUCCCCAGAGCUCCGGCUGCCGAGUGAUGACAUCUUGCCCCUGGGCAAGGACUCGGCACUCCUGAGUGACCCCAUCACAGGCAAGCCCUACGUGCCCUUGUCAGAAGCAGAGGAGGUGCGUUUGAGCCAGAACCUGCUCGAGCUGUGGCGGAGGCGAGGGCCCGUGUGGCAGGAGGCCCCCCAGCUGCCUGUGGACCCACAUCGGGACACCAUCCUCAACGCCAUUGAACAGCACCCGGUGGUGGUCAUCUCUGGGGACACGGGCUGUGGGAAAACCACACGCAUACCCCAGUUACUGCUGGAGCGCUAUGUGACCGAGGGCCGUGGUGCCUGCUGCAAUGUCAUCAUCACGCAACCCCGCCGCAUCUCUGCCGUGUCUGUGGCACAGCGGGUUGGCCAUGAACUGGGCCCCUCCCUGCGGCGGAACGUGGGCUUCCAGGUGCGGCUGGAAAGCAAGCCCCCUGCCCGUGGCGGCGCCCUGCUCUUCUGCACGGUGGGCAUCCUGCUGCGGAAGCUUCAGAGCAACCCCAGCCUGGAGGGUGUGAGCCACAUCAUUGUGGAUGAGGUACACGAGCGGGACGUGAACACAGACUUCCUGCUCAUCCUGCUCAAGGGCCUGCAGCGGCUCAACCCAGGGCUGCGGCUGGUGCUCAUGAGCGCCACGGGCGACAACGCACGCUUUGCCCGCUACUUUGGCGGCUGUCCCGUCGUCAAGGUGCCCGGCUUCAUGUACCCCGUCAAAGAGCACUACCUGGAGGACGUGCUGGCCAAGCUGGGCAAGCACCAGUACCCACAGCGGCACCGGCCCCACGAGUCCGAGGAUGAAUGCGCACUUGAUCUGGACCUCGUGGCAGAUCUGGUUCUACAUGUCGACGCCCAUGGCGAGCCAGGUGGGAUCCUCUGCUUCCUGCCCGGCUGGCAGGAGAUCAGAGGGGUGCAGCAGCGCCUCCAGGAGGCUCUGGGCGCGCUGGAGAGCAAGUACCUCAUCCUGCCAGUGCACUCCAACAUCCCCAUGAUGGACCAGAAGGCCAUAUUCCAGCAGCCCCCUGUGGGGGUGCGCAAGAUUGUCCUGGCCACCAACAUCGCAGAGACCUCCAUCACUGUCAAUGACAUCGUGCACGUGGUGGACAGCGGCCUGCACAAGGAGGAGCGCUACGACCUCAAGACCAAGGUGUCCUGCCUGGAAACUGUGUGGGUGUCCCGGGCCAAUGUGAUCCAGCGGCGGGGCCGUGCGGGCCGCUGCCAGUCAGGCUUUGCCUACCAUCUGUUUCCACGGAGCCGCCUGGAGAAAAUGGCCCCGUUCCAGGUGCCAGAGAUCCUACGCACACCCCUCGAGAACCUGGUGCUGCAGGCCAAAGUCCACAUGCCAGAGAAGACGGCAGUCGAGUUCCUUUCCAAGGCUGUGGACAGUCCGAACAUCAAGGCCGUGGACGAAGCCGUGAUCCUGCUCCAGGAGAUCGGGGUGCUGGACCAGCGCGAGUACCUGACCGCCCUGGGGCAGCGCCUAGCCCACAUCUCCACCGACCCCCGGCUGGCCAAGGCCAUUGUGCUGGCCGCCAUCUUCCGCUGCCUGCACCCGCUGCUGGUGGUCGUCUCCUGCCUGACCCGGGACCCCUUCAGCAGCAGCCUGCAGAACCGCGCCGAGGUGGACAAGGUGAAGGCGCUGCUGAGCCAUGACAGUGGCAGCGACCACCUGGCCUUCGUGCGGGCAGUGGCUGGCUGGGAGGAGGUGCUGCGCUGGCAGGACCGUGGCUGCCGCGAGAACUACCUGGAGGAGAACCUGCUCUAUGCGCCCAGCCUGCGCUUCAUCCACGGGCUCGUCAAGCAGUUCUCAGAGAACAUCUACGAGGCCUUCCUGGUGGGCCGGCCGUCGGACUGCACCCUGGCAUCGGCACAGUGCAACGAGUACAGCGCCGAGGAGGAGCUGGUGAAGGGCGUGUUGAUGGCGGGGCUCUACCCCAACCUCAUCCAGGUCAGGCAGGGCAAGGUGACCCGGCAAGGCAAGUUCAAGCCCAACAGCGUCACGUACAGGACCAAAUCUGGCAACAUCCUGCUGCACAAGUCCACCAUCAACAGGGAGGCCACUCGGCUGCGGAGCCGCUGGCUCACCUACUUCAUGGCCGUCAAGUCCAACGGCAGUGUCUUUGUGCGGGACUCGUCGCAGGUCCACCCGCUGGCCGUUCUGCUGCUCACCGACGGGGACGUGCACGUGCGCGAUGACGGGCGCCGGGCCACCAUCUCACUGAGCGACAGCGACCUCUUGCGGCUGGAGGGGGACUCGCGCACGGUGCGGCUGCUGCGGGAGCUGCGUCGGGCGCUGGGCCGCAUGGUGGAGCGCAGCCUGCGUGGCGAGCUGGCCGCGCUGCCGGCCACCGUGCAGCAGGAACACGGGCAGCUGCUGGCCCUGCUGGCGGAGCUGCUGCGCGGGCCCUGUGGCAGCUUUGAUGUGCGCAAGACGGCCGACGACUGACGCGCGGGCGUGUACAGGGUGCAGAUGUUUAUUAGAAUAAAGUUCUAUUUAUCCCUCGUAA